UCUGAUUUAACCCUUGUGCAUAUGGCCAGCUGUGAGGUUCAGCUUGGCUCUGCUCACAUUGCAUGGGACCAAGCACUGAGGAAUUGCUUUUGUCCAUGCUUGAUUUCCUGGGCUUAAUUAUUAGAGGUGGUAGUACAGCUUCUCUAGUACUGUUCAAUUAUGUAUCUGAGCAGAUUUGUUCACAUAAUGUUCAGGUGAGGGAAGCUUGAAUAUUUGAACAAGUACAAAUGAAGAAUUUGUAAGUGUUUCGCACAAAGCUGAUGAUCAGAGAAGGAUUGUGUCCUGAGGAGCACUUGUUCAAACUAAAGCCUGAUCCUUUCUUACUGUUUGUUGCAGAUGGGGAAAUAUGAAUGAAGUCAGAAGGAUGACCUGGCAGGUCUAGAGAAAGGUCCUUGGCUUUACAAAUAGAUUUUCAGGCCUAGACUAAACAUAACUCCUGCCUCAGGCAGGUAUUUGCUGAGGAUCACAAUUGUCAUCCAUGUUACUACAUGUCUUGCAGUACUGGCCAGUGAAUAAAUUAAAAAAAAUGGGGUAUUUUCCCCAGGUAGCAGGGUGGGUGCUGUGGGUCUUGUCAGGAUUAUGUUAGCAGAUUUCACCUUCCUUUGAUAAAAGAACAGAGCUUUACAGCCAUUUGUACACAGGAGACCAUUGCUAUUAGUGAGUAUAUGAUGUUUUCUUAGUUACUUUAAUAAAACCAGGGUUUUGAGUUAGGAGAUGGCACAGACUUAAUACGCUGUAUGACAUUGUAGCUCUGAAAAAGGAUGGGAGAUAACUCCUUGGGACAGUUCUUAUACCCAUGUAAAGUCACUCUGCUCUGAAACCUUCAGAUCAGAAGGGAUGGAGUCUUCACCAAAAUCUCAAGGUGAGCUGUGGGGUGUCUUAGGCUUUUCUCACAGCUGCCUGAGUUAAUACUGUACAAAACAAGUUUUGCAGGAGAAAAAUCUCAACCAAGUAAUUUGCUGUGUUCCUGCAGUUGGAGGUCUGGAGGAGCCAGGAUAGAGCUCCAGCAGCUCCCUCUGCCACAGGCACAGCUGGCACGUGGCUGCAGGUGUGAGGGUGCUGGUACUGGUGCUGGUAGCCAUCUCGUGGCUGUCUGCUGCCUGCUGUUAAUUCAUGGGGACAAGGAAAACAUCAGUCACUAGUCCUGUAUCAGCUCCACUCACCUACUUGGGUACCUGAAACUAAUGCACAGCGUGGGAGCUGAGCUUGCCAGGUGUGCCUUGCAGGUAGCAGGAUGUGUCCACUGUUCAAAGCACAAUGAGACACAUCUCAAUCUGCUGGCACCUCCCUCCCGCCUUACUGAUGUAAGGAGGUCUCUUGGAGUCAAUGUUUCUGUGAGCUAAAGAAAGCAGCAGCUUGUCUUGCUGCUGUUGGGCAGGGGGAAAAUGGUGUUAGCAAGCCCUUCUCUAAACUGCAGCAACUUCCACAGGAGGAAUGAGUCCUCCCUGUAAGAUACAACAGCUCCAGUAUGCUGCUACCUUCCCAGGCUCUCUGCUCCUGCCCUGGUGGAUGUGAAGGUUUGUGGCAGGAGGCUGGGGUGAAAACGGGAGAAAGUGCUGUCACCCUGUGGAGUGGGUCAGCCUGGCAGCUGUCACGGUGGUGCCCUGCAGGCAGAUGGGUCAGGAGGCUGAGAAAAACCUCUGAUCAGAGAAACCUUCCUGCAUCCUUCCUGUGCAGGAGAAUAAGGUAUUCCUGGAAAUGGCUAUUGGAGAGGCUGCAUCAGCCCUGGCAGCCUUGUUCUGUUUGAGAUUUAAAACCAAUCUAAAAUGGCUGGCAGUCAGUCUGUGCUAUUUCAGGUUAGGGCUGUUUUUGCUUUCUCCCUAUCUGUUGUUGUCUCAGUUCUUUCGUUAUAAAUUAUUGAAAGCAGAAAAGCCAAAAGACGUAAGAAGGUGGUUGUGCAGUUACGGGAGGCUUUGCUAAUUUGUCAGGGGGAAAAGCUCUUGCUGGGAUAUAAGCUCCUUUCUUGUUCUUUGUGCUAGAUGGGUUUUAGCGGCUCCCCAGCACCAGCCCCACCUCUCCCCUGCUGGCAGUGCACAGGGUUGGGUUUAAAGCUGCUCUGGCCGUGGUUUGUACGAGUGUGGUGGUGGUUGUGUGGCUUGAGGAAGGGGGAGCUCCCCUUCCCCUGUCUGCAUGGCCACCGUGGUGGCUUUGUGCCCAGACAAAGACCCGGGGGUUACAAAGUGCUGCAGCGUCAGAAGCAACACAUUGCCCAGGGGCUGUGCCUUGCCAGUGGCAGGUGCAGCUGGUCUGCUGAGGGGCUGGGAGGAUGGAGAACAGGUUUUUGGGUUCUGCUGGUGCCAGCAAGGGGCUGUGCACAGGCAGGGUGGGGAUCAGCUUCGUUCACACUCGCUGCCUGCCAGGGACAAAAGCUACGUCAGACUGCAGCAUCCACAAAGGAGAAGCAUGUGGAGAACAGGCAAGCAAAGGGGGAAGCUGAGGGGAAGGUGAGCACAGCCAGAGUUGUCACUGUGACAAAACACUCGUCUGGCUAUUUGCAUGAAGGCAAAAAGGAUUUCCUGCAUUCAUUUUGAAACCAAAUGGAUGUUUUGGUUCUCGCUGGCUGUGCAGGAAAGAUGAGCCUUUUCUCACUGAGGCUGGGCUAUGUGAUGCAGGCUCUGUAGGGUGGGUUUGAAGGAUGUUCAUGAAGGCAGUCCUGCCUGGGCUUGCAGCUCUUGGCUCUGUGGCACUCUCCAAACCUGGCCCUGCUGGGGGCUGCACCAUCAAAUCAGAGCUGCUCUGGGAGCAGCCUGGCCUGGAGCUUUGCCUGCAGCCUCUUCCUCCCUCCCCGAGAACAGGAGGCUGCUUGCCAUCCAGAUUCCUCUUGGAGGAGCAACCUGGCCUUAGAACUUGGCCUUUGCCUUCUCAGCAUUUGCCAACUCUUGGUGCUUCUUGAAUUCAGAGCCCACAUUCUGGCUGGAGCAAGAAGGUGCCUCAGGGCUUGCGGCAAAGGGCCACCUCCGGCCGUGACCUGCUGUCGCUGGAUAGCACCAGUCCCUCCUGCCAAGACGGCAGUCGUCUUGCUAAAGAACACAAAGCAAGUGUUCCCUCCGGAUUUCUGGGGAUUUUCUCUGCAAAAUCUCCAAUAAGCCCUGAGCAAAACCCCAGAGGCUGGCUGGCAGGCCAGGAGGUGGAGGUGAGAGCUGCUGCAGUACAGCUGCUACCCCUUGGUGCUCUGUAGCAGGUUCCUGUUCACCAUGGCACUGAGAACUCUGCAGAAAGGUUUUUUGGCAAAUCUCAUUUGCAGCCAGGAUACUUUUGCCUCCUCCCCUUCCCCUCAUUCCCUUCAGCACCUACAGGACCCUCCUGGCCCUCUACCCGCUCUCUAUCCUGGUGGCCAGCAUGCAAGUGCCCCCAGAUUGCCACUGUCCUUCCUGCUGGGAUCAGAUAAGCUGCCUGCACUGCCCCUUGGCUUUUUCUCACUAAAGGUGUUUCUUCCACUUGCACACUAGCCCAUCAGCACAGUAUGGGCUGCUCCCCAGGCUUGCUGCAGCCAAGCAAGAGCCUGUGAGUAUGGUCAGCCUCUUGUCCACCCACGCCGCUUCUUCAGUGACCAGAUCUCUCCAGGAGGUGCUGUGGCCAAAGACAGUGUAGACAUGAGCUGGGUAGUGGCCAAGCAUCUCUCACAGUUGUGAGAAUAGGGUGCUGGGUUUAGCCUAAGGCUUGCUUAAUUCAUGUUCUGCUUCAACAGUGGGAGCAUCCCUGGACACAUACGGGCCACAGCCGCCUCCAUUGCUGUGGGGCACCUGGUGGGGGACCUGCCUCUGGUGGGGGACUGAGUCUGGUACAGUGGCUUUGGAAUUAUCCGCUCUCAUGAGGACCAGCCUGCUGCCCCUCACACCUGGCACCCAGGUGCGUGCGCGCACAGGAGGGGCUGUGGGAGCCAUGCCCGUAUGUGAGGGAGCAGGAGCCGUGUGAGGGGCUGUGUGACGCCUGUCCGUGUGUGUGUUGUGAGGGGGUGUGUGACCCCGAGUCCCCGUCUCCCUCUCCCGUUGUUCCCGCUCCCCUCAGUCCCUCACGCUCGGUCCCGCUCGCGCCCCCGUCGCGCGGCACGGCGGGAACGGCCACCCCCUGGCGGGCCGCGCGCUUCCCGGCUGGCGGCCAGCCAAUGGGCGCGCGGGCUGGGCGGCGGCCGGGGUAUAAAAGGCUCCGCCCCGCGCGGCGCGCGCUCCAGACUCACCUGGACGCGCAAGAAGCGGGAUCGGUACCGGCACCGACCGCAUAUCGCAACCACCGCGCAUCGCACCGUACAGCGCCGCAGGCAAAAUGUGCGACAAACCAGACCUCUCGGAGGUGGAGAAAUUCGACAAGAAGAAGCUGAAGAAAACCAACACGGAGGAGAAGAACACGCUGCCCUCCAAGGAGACUAUUGAGCAGGAGAAGGAAUGUGUGAAGUCUUCCUAGAGAGAGAUUGCCUGGCAGGAGGAGCAACUACUCAAUUAUUUUGCUUUGAAAUUAAUCAUGUGGGUUUUUUUUAAAUUUACAUCAUGUACAUGUAUAGAAAACAGCUGUAUCACCUAACACACUGUCCCACUUUGCUGGCAGCUUUGGCAGGUGGGGGGACAAAACGUGGUCCUCUCAGUCCAUCAGUAGCCUGACCUGAUGCCAUCUCUGCUGCUCAGCUGCCUCCUGUGACAGCACUGAUCUUGCUCUGAUGCAGUGAGGAGAUGAGCAAGGGCCAUGGAGGCUUCUGGGCAUGGACCCCUUCUGCCUGGGGGAGUGGGGAACCUUUCUGGCCUCACCUCCAGCCUGGGUCUGUCUUGCAUAUUCUUCACUGACAGUGUUCCGUAGCCUCACUCACAAUUUUUUGUCUUCCUUGGGGGAAAAAUGAGAAGUUUAUUAUAAAAUAAAAAAUUGUAA